AUGGAUCUCUUUGAUGUAAGAAGUAACGAGAACAAUUACAAGAGUAAACCAUCGCAGUUUAGCAGCGUCUCCGGUGGGGCAGAGAAACGGUUGCAGCUGAACAUAAAAAACAAGAAAAGCAACAGGCUGACUGCAUUUGAUACCAUUAGAGAUUUACCUAGAUGCAAGAGCCUAUUACCGGCAACUUCAGACACUAAACUGAAGGAACAUAAGAGACUGCAAAUGGAGAAAUGGAAAGCGGAGAAAGAAGAGAAAAAGAAACAGCUACUUUCUCAGAAAAAGAAACCAUUCAUAACUGGCGUGGUCAGAGCACCAUUGAAGUUUGAACCCCCUCCUCCCCCGAAACCAAGCACCUCCGGAAGAGUUACACGUUCUCAAGCAUGCAACACCAUUUCUAAACCAAAAAGCCCAAAACAGAGUAGAGCUCAAUCGUUUGCACCUAAAAGAGCAACAUUUAAAGCACCACACAUAAAAACCUUAGAUAAACUUCCUAUUUUAUCACAACCUACAAAAAAUAAAAACAAGGAAAAAACAACAAUCACUUUUGAUCCUUUAGCACCUAAUGCCACGGCGAAACAGACUACAUCAAAGACUCUAACUAGACAGAUAAAUACUGACUUUAAAAAUACAGGUAAAUCUCUAGUUGAGACUGGAAGCAUGCAAGCAGAGAGACAAGAAAUAAACAUGGUAACCAAAAAUACUUCUAAACCAUCCAGUUUCACUAAAAACCCACAUAGCAGUUCUUCUGGAAGUGACAUCCAGAUUUCAAAAGUAAUUAAAAGGGCUAUGAAUACUGGUCAAAAUAAGGCUCCGAAUUCUCCCAUUGAUUUGAUUCCAGAACAAAUUCAAAUUGCGAAGAUCAGUCCUUGGGUUACCCUACCCAGAAGAAAGGAUAAAGUAAGGAAGGCGGCAAAGUGGGAAAUGCAAGAAGGCCUCCUUGAAGCCGACGCGAGUGAUAUGGAGAAUAUAAAUUAUUUUCGUCACCAGCUGUCGUCUGAGAUUAAAUACAUCACUGAGAUGUGCAACACCUGGGAAGCCAUUUCCAAAAAUACUGUGCUACCUGAGUCUGUGCAGGACGCAAUAUUAGCCGCCGUGGGGCAUGCCCGCCUGCUAAUGUCGUCGAAGAUGGCGCAGUUCGCGUCCCUGGUGGAAAGCUGCGCGUCGCCCCAGCCCGGCUGCGCGCUGGUCACACCCGCAGACCUGCACGGCUUCUGGGAAAUGGUGUUCAAGCAGGUGGACAAUGUAAAGAUGCGGUUCAAGAAGUUGGAAGAGCUGCACUCGUGUGACAGGGACGAGGAGAAGCCGCAGGUGCAGACCAAGAAGGCCCGUGGCAAGCCUGCUGUCGCUGCGACCUUCGCAGCGACCGCUUCGAGUAGUUUGAAAGACAUAAUAGCUGCGAAACGCAAGGCCUUGAAGCGGCAGGAACCGGAGCCGCAGCCGCAGGCUAACGAAGACAAGACGUUCGUCAGAGGCUUCUUCACGGUAAACUCUCCCGUGCGCUUUUCGCGAACGCCCGCCUCCAGCCUGCUCGGGAGCGUGCUGGAUAGCGAGGCCAGCAAGUCCGUCUCCAAGAACCCUACAAACACCUUUGCCAUGCUGCGCGCCUCCAUCUCCGGCAAGAACUUCGACUUGCCUCUACAGCAAACACCCCAAAUGAAACCCAUAAACGUCAACGCCACCCCCGGUCGGAGCGUACUCAAAUCAACAAAAACAAAGUCAGGAAAGAAAUCCAUUAAAUUGUUUUUCAACGAUUCCAAUCACGAAGCGAGCGAAUCGUUCACUAGUUGCGAUAAAUCCAAAACAUCAUACGAAGGUGUCGAAGAAAUUGAAAAUAUCAACAGUGUCAUGUCGCAUAUGGACUUUGACAACAAAGAAAACUCACGAAGCGGUAUUAAAUAUAAACGUUUAGUACGUCAGGAUGCCGUUGAAGAGUGUGAUGACUAGAAGUCAGCGCAAGAGUCUAAAUACGCCAAUUCAUAAUGAAGAAUCAAGGACUCCGUCACGUAUGAAUAAAGAUGAAGCUACUCACUUAGAUGUGAGUGAGUGUGUGCGUGUGUGACGGAGUUUCAGAUAUGAACUCUUAGCAUUUCCUCAACAUCCUCGUAGUAUAGUGUAUUGAGCUAGUUUGGCACUUUCUGUUUCACUUCCGAAACUGAACGUCUCUUGAGACUCAACUCACACUGGCCCAGAGUGGAAGUGUCGUGUCGACGCGUGACGACAUCGACAGUCGCUUUAGUGCGCCCGGAACAGUGUGGUCGGCGUCUGACGCCUCACAGUGCUCAAGUAACGCGUGGCGACGCGGCACAAAUUUGUACCUUAAUGAUGGGAAAAUAGAGAUGAAUAUGCUAUAGGCGAAAAACAUGACGCCUCGUGACGCUUCGACUGUGCGUCAGUGUGAGUUGAGCCUUAAGGAUACUAUGGCGUUUCGUUCACAUUCAUAUUUAUUGUAUUGCCACAUGGUUGUCUUAGAGCCCGUUCCCACUUAUCGGCUGUCGGUCCCAGAUUUUUAUCGGAUGUUCUAGUGGUAGAGCAUUUUAUAUGAAGUUAAUCACACUUGUCUAAAACCGAUUUUGUGUCGGCGUCGACAAGAAAUGUCGGGUGUUUUGCCAGCUCUCUACGCCCGCAAAAAAAUCGUGUCCAUUCUCGCUCGCCUUUAAGAACGUAUGACGAUGUUCACAUUUGUCGGAUGUUGGGGCCGACAACCCGCUCCCCGCUACCCCUUGUUUUUUACCCUCAGGAUUGAGUGCAUCCAAUAUUUUCUUUCCUUAGCUGUCUUUAUUCGUUUUUUUCUUAAAUAAUAAUACAUCACAACAAGAACUUCGUCGGCGUCUAUCGCGCACAGUCUCACGUACAGUGUUAAAAAUUGACACCACCUUCGACCGUGGUCGACAACUGAUUAGUAUGAAUUGUGAACAGAGGUGAUUAAAAUUCGGUCACGACAGCCGACUCGUUGGAA